CAGUCCAAUUUGCUGUUGCUUAACCUAUACGAGGAAGCUGAUUGGAUCCUUCCAUUCGUUUAGAUCUUCUUUUUAUCCUCUCCUGGGGCUUGUUAGAAAAUAAUCCCGUCUCGGAUCGGCCCCUCUUUUGGAGGAGAAACACUGCGUUAGUGAUGAGCACGGGCAGGUUACUCAGAACUGAGGCUUUGUCCUGGAUGUCGGAUGACGACAACGUAACUGGGGUCCAGUCCCGGGGUUUGAUCCUGCAGCCUUUCUGGGACUACCUCCACCAGAACCACCACGAUCUCCUGAGGAGCACUCCCUUCCCCGUGGUGCUCUCCGUCUCUACCUAUUUCUUCUUGGUUGGUUUUUACACCGUGCUGGACCUGCUGGCUCCCACCUGGCCGUGCAUUAACCGUCACAGGCUCCAUCCUGACAAACCUGUCACCUGGCCCAACAUCUGGACUACCCUGGGUGUCACCAUCUACAACCAUGUGCUUUACAUCUUUCCUGCUACAAUCGCCCAGUGGCUGUGGAGGCCACCUACCCCGUUACCCCGGGAGGCACCCACUUUCUGGAGCUUCUUCUUGGGCAUCAUGGGCUGCAUGGUGGUCUUUGACUUCCAGUAUUACCUGUGGCACCUGCUGCACCACCAGGUACCGUGGUUGUAUCGUACGUUUCACGCCGUGCACCACCAGUACAACCAGACUUUCAGCCUCGUCACCCAGUACCUGUCCGGCUGGGAGUUAUUCAGCUUGGGAUUUUGGGCUACGAUAGACCCCAUCCUGCUCCAGUGCCACUGCCUCACAGCAUGGGGCUUCAUGGUCUUCAACAUCUACGUUUCCACCGAGCAACACUGCGGCUACGACUUCCCGUGGGCCCUGCAUAACCUGGUGCCCUUUGGCCUCUGGGGUGGUGCGCCCAAGCAUGACGCUCACCACCAGCGGCCCGGCACUAACUUUGCCCCAUUCUUCUCUCACUGGGACUGGCUUGGGGGAACCCACUCGGUGCCAACACGCUGCAGCGGCAGAGCCAGACAAGAUGAAAUGUAGAAAAGACUAAAGAGCUUGAGUUAAUCUCUCACUGACUCCGUCUCUCUUUUACUCAAACUGCCUCUUUUGUACCUGCUCUCUCUCUCUUCUCUCCUUUGCACACCAGUUUCUCUCCUUCCUGCCUUUUUGAUAUCAUCAUAUCGAUCAGCCUUCCACUAUCUUCCACUGCUCGCUAACCAAAACAUGGAUAUUCUUCACAGUUUAGGAGUUUUGACGAUCUAUCUAACACUUCUGUUAAAUUGUCGGGAAGAAUGAUGUGUACAAUCAUGUUAAUGUAUUCGUGGUGUUGUCUCCUUUUGAGACGUGUUUUGAGCUACCUUGAGGAAAUAAAAGCAAAGAAUAGAAAGCACUUUUCCCUCGAUAGUCGUGUCUUUAUAUGUCACCAAACAGAUCUUUAUGGAGUGUUUUCUGAUGCUGGUGCGAUCUGUCAGAGCGAUUACACACAUAUUAGCACGUACAACAUCCUCCCUCCACUCUCCCUCCUCAGCACUGACCCUCUCACUCUCACGCAUGAAUAGCGGCCUUUUAGCUGCAUCCCAGUAUGAUGCGUGGGCGCAAUACUAAUCUACCAUCCUCUCUCUCUCUCUCUCUCUCUCUCAGACAAAAUGCUCUUACUAGAAGAGUUUUUGAUUCAACUCCUCCCUAAAAAAAGACAAUAUAUUUGUGAUGCACAGUCUGGAAAAUGAAAAUUGAAGAUUUUCAGGAUGUUUUUGCGCUCACAGCUGCAGGGUUACUCGUUAAAAUAUCUUAAUAUGUUGACACCAGGAGAGAUUUCUGAGAGAAUCAACAGAUUUUACACUGAUUUGACUUUUUUUUUUAAAUAAACAGAGUCAUAUAAUAAAAUAGCAAAAUUUCCUCGAAUAAUGUCUAAAUAAAAAUACUGAUAAAGGACCAAACACCUUUAUAGAAAAUGGUGUUUUUAACUUAUAUACUGUAUGUGGCUUUACUUGCAGUUCAACAAACAGAUCAGCAGGGGUCACUUUUUCUCCCAUCAGAGUUUCAAGGCUGCAAACAUGUCAAACAAACAAACUUAUAGUGACACAUUGAUGUCUCUGGUGGAACAACACACACUUUUCCCUUCAUGCAGUGGCCUAUCUAACUACCUGUCAUAUGUAAAUAUGUCAAAAUACAAUGUGUCACACUUCUAUAGUGGUGAUCUCGCCUCACCUUCUUUGUUGACACUCAACUGGGAAAAAUACUGGCAGCCAGAACUGGUCUGACAGGUUUCUGGUUUUACAAGGGAACUGACUGUUUCAACAGCUUGUGGCUUCUUAUUUUAGUAACAUUGCAGGCGUAUCUGUCUGUCUGUCUGUGUGUCUGUCUGUCUUUGGUAGAAUUCCAGCUCUCACGUGUGAAUUAAAUAAACAGACUUUAU